ACACAUGCGCAGAACUCGCACCACCGCCAGUGCCGAAACAUCGGCGGCCGAAGCAGGUCUCCGAAAUGCCGAAACCGACGCCCGUCGAGGACUUGAUCAUCCCGCCGCAAGAUCAGAAGAUAUGCGGCACCAUAUGCAUAUGUCAGAUGACCGCUGUGCUGUCUUGUGUCGCGAUUGUGUACCUAACAGUGGCCAUAUAUAUGCCGUAUACCAGGGCUAUCGCUUCCGGCAUCGAUCCGACACCGAUUAUGUGUACUACAACUAGGGCUGUCAACAAAGAGAAUUGUGAUUGGGGAUCCUGUGGCGAAUGGUGUUUGAGCAAGACCUCCGGAGCGUGCAUCCAGAUCUACGUCAACGUUCGUAAAAAUGGCACGUCCUUACUCCUCGCUGAAUGUGGAAGCGCUGCAAACAAGACCUGCUUCGGCAUCGAUCAGGAGAAUGCCAGGAAGUACCACUGCAUCAGGGAUGAGUGCAGGAACUUGACGGGAACGUUCAACUGUACUGAAGGGAAGUGUAUUAAUAUAACAGAUGCAUUCGAAUGCGCGUUCAGAGAAACUGAUCCACCGCUAAAGUGUUCAGGAAGACGUGGAAAAAUAACGUGUAUAGACGUUCACGGAUUGUUCUCAUGUAACAGAGGCACUUGUAGGAAAAUACGUACGCCUUACAACUGUGAUAGAAGAUGCGUCGACAUCCCAACCAGGAAUAAGAAUGUGAUAGUACUAAGUGGGGACAGGGUGUUCCUAGCUAGAUGUGCGAAACUAGCGAAAGAGGAAGACAGUGAAGUAGUGUGGACUGAUUCCGGUGAAGAAGUGUUAAUGCUAUCGUGUCACGCUGUGCACAACGGUUCGUCUGGAGUCGUCGCUGUUGACUGUAUCAAUGCUGCCUUAUUACCUAGGAAUGAUAUUGCCGACCUUACAAACUUUACUUAUUUGCAAUACUUAUACACAACCCGAGCGACACCGAAUCGAGUCAUCGCUCCUUUGGAAGUUGAACUGACAUUAGCCAAUGAUAGUCGCUUGAUGAUCAAUUUGGAGGGCUGUGUCAACACUUUAGCUGAUGAAUGCAAGGAGUUCCUUAAAGAUUACGGAAGAGAUGGCACAGAUCACAACGCCAAAGCAAGAUUCCCGUGCUUCUACACAGAAAACAGCCCAGAUACAGUCGUUGCUCGCUUCGAUUUGGACGCCACCUAUCGUCACUUCAUGGUCGCUUUAGUUCUCCCGACGGUAUUGGUUGUAGUGUCUUGUAUAACUCUGAUGCUGUGUCAAAAAACUGUCGAAGUGGGUGAUGAUGCAAAGAUGAGGUUCAAAGGCUGCACCGGUGGACAGGCUGAUAUGCAAAUGCAUCCAAACGAUCCUGUUUCUCCUCUCUGAGAUCA